AUGGGGCAGCGCAGCGCGGCGCGGAGGGAGCACACGGCCCGGCGGCUGGAGCGGUUCGCGGCCCUGCGAGGCGCUGCCGCCCCGCCCGGCGAGCUGUGGGACGUGGUGGUGCUGACGGCGGCGGACGAGGCGCAGGCGGGCGCGUUCCGGGAGCAGCUGGCGGAGAAGCUGCGGCGGGGGCAGCUGCCCGGCCGUGUCCGGUACCUCGUGUGCGCAGACCCGCCGGGACCCAGGAUCGGAAAUGGUGGAUCAACUCUUCAUGCUCUCCGGUGCUUGGAAGAACAGUAUGGUGAUCAGUGGACUUCCUUCACUGUGCUGCUAAUCCAUUCUGGUGGUUACAGCCAGCGUUUGCCAAAUGCCAGUGCCCUGGGCAAGGUCUUCACAGCGCUGCCUUUGGGCCAUCCCGUGUACCAGAUGCUGGAGCUGAAGCUGGCCAUGUACAUCGACUUCCCCCGCCACAUGAAGCCAGGAGUGCUCGUGACGUGUUCAGAUGACAUCGAGCUGUACAGCACUGCAGUCACAGAAGCCAUCACCUUUGAUAAACCCGGGUUUACUGCCCUGGCUCACCCCUCCGACGUGGCAGUCGGGACCGCGCACGGCGUGUUUGUGUUAGAUCCGUCCAGCUUUUCAGGAAAGGGAGGGCUGGAAUAUGGAUCAUGCUAUCGUUUCCUGCACAAGCCUGACGUGGAGACCAUGCAGCAGAGCGGUGCAGUGUGUGUGAGGGGGGCUCACCCUCAGCUCAGCUCCCCUGGGAGCCGUGGGGACUCGGAGUGCGUGUACACGGACAGCGUGUUCUACAUGGACCACGGCACUGCCGGGCGGCUGCUGCACUUCUACAAGCAGAUGGGCACUCUUCACUGUGAAGUAGAUGCAUAUGGUGACUUUCUGCAGGCCCUGGGGCCUGGAGCCACUCCAGAUUACACCAAGAACACCAGUAAUGUCUCCAAGGAGGACUCGGGGUUGGUGGCAGUGCGACAGCAGCUGUAUUCCCUCCUGCAAGGCACUGCCCUAAAUGUCAUAGUCCUCAGCAACUCCCAGUUCUACCACAUUGGGACUACUCAGGAGUAUCUGUUUCAUUUUACUGCUGAGAGCAAACUGAGAUUUGAGCUUGACUUGCAGCCUGUGGCUUUUAGCAUCUUCCCUGACAUGGCCAAGAGCUCGGAUCAGUUGAGCAUCAUCCAGAGCAUCCUGGAGCCCGGCUGUGUUGUAGGGCCUGGCUCUGUCAUUGAGUACUCCAGAAUGGGGCCUGGAGUCUCAGUAGGGAAAGGCUGCAUUGUUAGUGGGUCCUGCAUAAAUUUCAGUGUGGACAUACCUUCAGACUGCUUCCUGAGCUCAGUAAGUGUGAGAAUCACUGAUCAAGUGAAGUAUGUCACCAUGGUGUUCGGUGUAGGCGAUGACUUGAAGAAGAGUGUGAACUUGCUGUCAGAUAUACACUCCCUCCAGUUUUAUGGAGCCAGCUUACCAGAAUGCCUUGACCUCUGGAGUGUAGAGGCUUCAGAUCAGCUCUUCUCCAGUGAGGACACGCGUUUGGGGCUGUGGACUGCAAGGAUUUUCCCUGUCUGUUCUACUCUGAGUGAAUCAGUUAGGAUGUCACUGAACAUGCUGAAUUCUGUCCACCACAAGUCAGCUUUCAAACUGAGCGGCUUUCAGCUUUUGUCUGUUGAAGAAAUGCUCAUCUACAAAGAUGUGGAAGACAUGCUGAAGUUUAGGAAGCAAAUUUAUGAUGAAAUCUGCCUACAAAGACAGAAAGAGAAAUCUGAUUAUAGAAUGAACAGUACUUGAACAAAUCUCCUGUUUUCAUUUGUGGAUGAUUAGUUAUUUCCCAGCUCGUAAAAAUCCUAAGGGAAAAGUACACAGAUCUCUUCUCUGAGGUCUCAAAGAUCUCUUCUCUGAUUUCAUUGAAGUAGAAAUGAAGAAAUUGCAUAACAUUAAUAAAGCAGCAAAUGCAGAUAAACUGUUCUAUUAAUUAAAGUAGGAAUAUAUUUCAGAUCUGAAAAUGCUAAUUGGUGACUUUUUGCUUGUUACGUGUUAUGUCUUGUAAUCUGUGUCAGUUGGGAUAAUGUACAGAAAAGAAUAAUUCCCUAUUUGGCUGAAAACUGCUUUAAAAGCUUUUAAAGGGUGGAAUAUUAGUUCCAGCAACGUGGAAUAAUGCAACUUACAUUUCUCUCUUUUCAUGCAGCCAUUUUGCAAUACAGUUUCAGUUCAAUAGAGAUAAAAUGAUUGAAAGUGCUUUUAAUUCAAGAUGUGUUGUCUUAGGCAUUAGUAAAUUUUUCUGGUUUGUUUUGUAACUUUUUUAUCCCUUCCUGUUUUUUUCAGAGGAAAAAAGAUUGGCAUGAGAGAUUAUUCUUCCCCUUGUGACUCAUAGUGCUGGGGUCAACACCUGCCACAAGGCAUACUGAUUUAUUUUUUUUAACUAGUUGUUGGAAGCUGGCAAUGUGAUGGAGAAGCUGCCAGCUCUUUGUUACCUAUGGAUUGAAUGCUUUAUGCCAUGCAAAAAGCAGCAUUUUGUAUUUCUCCACACUGAACUGUUGCAGUCCUUGCUGUCCUUAGCGGAGCAAAAACCAGAGAGGUUUGUUGUGAGUGUCACCACAAGUGUGUAUCUUCAGAGAAACUCUGCCCCUUCUCCCCCUUCUGCAAAUAAAAAAUAUUAAGUCCUAUAAACAGACAAAUCUGUUUUUAGGAGAAUGCUGUGCAGUAUAUCAGUGUGAUUUGGCUGUAAAACAUGAUACAUUUUUUUCUCUUGAAUGUCUCUGUGGGUUUUCAUGUUUUAUUUAGUGUCUCAUGAUGACAGUGUUUAUCUCCCUGCUGACUGAAAUCCCAAAUGGCACCUUUCUUAUGCCACCUACGAGGCAGCAGAAUAACAUCCCCUGAGCA